AAAAAGAAACUUUAUUCAUGAUUGCCGUCGGUAGACUUUUAAAAUGGAUGUUUUGAAUACAGAACUUGUUUGGAUUGACACGAGAUGUUACAGAAAAUUUCCUGUGCGAGAUAGUCUAUCGAAAAAACCUUACGAAGAAGAAGAUGAUUAUCAAAGUAACUUGUUAUAUUUCAAAAAUUCCUACCGACUUUGAAGAAAUUGAUGAGUAUGCUGAUUUGCUGAUUAAAUAUGAAAAAAAUACAUUUUGGAUAUCCAUUUCUUCACCAAAGGAUUUAAUAGGAUUUGUGAACGGAAAAUUCGGUAAAAAUAGAAAAAUGAUUGAAGACAUGACUGGUGCUACAGUUCUGAUGCCUGGUCGAAACCAAGAGGAGAUUGUGAUCAAAGGACAAAGCAAGAAUAGCGUUGGUAGUGCUUACAGGAGGAUUGCAGAAACAAUCAAAUCAGGUCGUUUUCAUCAAGAUUUCACUCACUUUAUAUCAAUACCUAUAAAUGCUAAAGAGGUCCAAGAAUCAUUUCUAAGGUUUAAGGAUGAUGUCUUAAGAAAUUUUAAAAAGGUACGAGGCAUAGAUGAAAGUCUGUUUCAAGAACCAAAAAAAAUGCAUUUAACCAUUACUACCUUGGUGUUGCUUGACAAUCGGGAUAAACUAAAAGCUGAAGCAAUAUUUCAAAAGUGCAAAAAUGAAAUUGUGAAUUUCCUUGAUGGGAAAACCUUAGAAGUAAAUGUUAAAGGUAUCGAAUACAUGAAUGACGAUCCCGCUGAAGUUGAUGUAUUGUAUGCCAAGGUAGAAGAAGUAGAUGAUGACAGUUGCUUGCAAAUAGUAGCAAAUAUGCUGAUGAAUUCCUUCACAGACAAUGAUCUUAGUAAAAAGCAGUAUGACCAAGUAAAACUCCACAUCACAUUGAUGAACACAUCAUUUCGAUCAAAGGGAGCAGCAGAUGAAAGUAGACAACGAAUAACUUUUGAUGCCAGACCAAUAUUAGAGAAAUAUGAAGAUUAUGAUUUUGGACAAAUGGUCUUAUCAGAGGUUCAUAUAUCUAUUAGAUACAGUACAGGAGCUGAUGGAUAUUACAUGCCAAACAACAAAAUUAGUUUAAACUGAAAUUAUUGUUGAAAAACUCAUAAUUGUGUUAACUUCCGCCUGUUUGUGUUACUGUUUUUGCCUCUAAAGAAAAUAUAUAUUUAUUACUAUGUAAUGUUUUUGCAUUAUUUCUAUCAA